GGCCACUGAAGAUCUUGACAGUGCUUGUUCAUCGUUAGUCAUCCAUUCACCGUUCAGGCAGAAACAUGUGCCACACGCGUCCACUCAUGCGUGGACCUUUCCUCUCAAUCAGUCUGUACAGUAGGUACAUGUGCUCACGCCCCUAGCUAUGUCGUCGUCUCAUUCAUCUCCAUGCACGACGGAAAUAUCGGCGCUGCUGCUAUCGUGUCCAGCAGCGAUGCGUCCCCAGACGCCUCCAGCAGGGCCGCAAAUGUCUGUGGGAACACCCCAGCAGGACCCUCACCGCCCACCUGCGGCCGCUCGGUGGUGUAGAGGGUGAGAGAUGCGCCUGGGAAGUACUUGCCCUUAUCCAAACAGAUGAAGGCCGCAAACGUGCUGUCCGCCUUGUCGCCAGAGAGGAUGAUCCUCCUGGUGGCCUUGUAACCACCGUCAAGGAUGUGGUCGACUGUGCGGCAGCCCCACACGGGCAGGGGCUGGUCGAGCAGCGCAGAGAUGCGGCCGUAGGUGUGCGAUCCGGGAUGUUCUGGGCGUGCGAAGCAGUGCUUUUCGUCUAAGGGGUAGGUUAUCAUCCUGAAUUCCAAUAAGACAAAGGAAGAACAAAACAGAUCAUCGUAGCUUUCCUUUCUUUCUUCAUUGUGAUCCCACGAUGGCAUGGCUUUCUCCUUACUUAUCGAUGCACAGUUCACGGAAAAAGCGGUACAGGGCGUUCAAACCUGUAGGCGGACCCAUGACUGAAAGUGACACGCACUAUCUCCCUCCCUCCCUCCCUCCCUCCCCAAUCUCCAAUCCCCGAUCUCUCUCUUACGUUCGCACGCGGGGUCAGUCGCAUCAAAGGUGGCCGCAAAAGGGCAGGCGGGCGGCAGGGUGUCGGCCGUGUGCAGUGUCAGGUCAGUCUGCAGUCUGUCGCCAUUGGCUCCCGGGGUAAGCUCCAUGCCCAUUCCCAGGUCCUGGCAAUACACCGAGUACUGCUGCAGCGCCUCUGGGCGGCUGAGGUACCGCCGCUUGCUGGCCAGCCGCCGCAGGUCGGUUGCUGUGAUGGUGACGGGCAGGGAUGUCACAUGACCAGUGCGCCUGGCCACACGCAAGAUGACCGCAUUGCCCGCCCAAUCCCCGCCAUUCUCGACCAGCCACAGGACGCGGAUCAGAUAGUGCCGUCUGGUCAUCCGCCGCGCACCGGGCCCACCGUCCUGCUGCUCCAGCCCCCCCUGCUGAUGCUGCGCGUGCUGCUCAUACGUCAGGACGCCGUCGACGUGAUGUUCCCGCAGCAGCUGGUCGAGACGCCGGGCGACGGUGUGGGUGAUCUCGGUGGUGAAUGGGAGGGUUUUGGCGGCAGCGAAGAGGGCAGCGCAUCCGCGUACGCCAAGGAGGUCUCUAACCCGGUGGCACAUCACCGGCAGGUCCUCCUCUAUUGAAUGCAGCACGGAGAGGGGCCGGGUGGGAGGGGGGGAAGAGGGAGAGGACUCAGAGGCUGCUGUCCUGGCCCUCUUCAUUUGCUCUUCACUUCAUCGGGGGAAGCGGCAGGCCUCACAUGGCCACUCUCAAGUCCGCACGCUCUUUUCACCUGAGCCAAGAUCUCCUUCUCUCCUGCAAGCAGAG